AUGGAGAAAGUUCUUCUGUUCAUCUGCGCUGCAUCAGCUCUGUGUGUCGUCCUCUCGCUCCCCACACGUCAGUACCAUUUUGUUAAUGACCUGAAGAACUGGACCGAAGCUCGGAGUUACUGCAGAGAAAAGUACUCAGACUUGGCAACUAUAGACAACAUGGAGGACGUGGAGCUCCUGAACAAGAUAACAAAAUCAAAUAUGAUGAGUGCCUGGAUCGGGUUGUAUGAUGACUGGAACAGCUGGAGGUGGUCAAUGUCCAAUGCUGAUUUCUAUAAAGAUGGAGAGGCUGGAUUCAGAAACUGGGGAACAGAUCCAAUAAAUACCUAUGGCCUGAAGGAAUGCUGCACGAGGAUGGGUACCAAUGGACUAUGGUUCGAUGCACCCUGCGAGUUCAAACACAGAUUAGUCUGUGUCAAUAUCAGCGGACAGAAUGUCUCAUUUGUUGGGAUCAAUGAAAUAAGGACAUGGACUGAGGCUCAGAGCUACUGCAGAGAGAAUUAUACUGACCUGGCCAGUGUGAGAAACAUGGCAGAGAACCAGAAAGUGACGAACCUGUUCCCUGGACAAUAUGUCUGGAUCGGUCUUUUCAGAGACUCCUGGAAGUGGGUUGAUGGACGCAACCGCUCAUUUACCUACUGGGUUGAAGAUCAACCUUAUGGCCCCGAUCAGCAAUGUGUUGUGUCAAACUUUGCAGAUUCUGGAAAAUGGGAGGAUCGUUACUGUAACUUGAUGAUGCCAUUUAUUUGUGAAAGUGUGUGA